AUGCUCGCCUUACCAAAGGUAGCUGAUUUCUUCGCGAGGUUAAUUCAAAGGGUUGCUCCAAAGAGUUACCAACAAGCUGCUGGAGAAGUCUUUGUCACACGGAAAUUUUUGGAGAACUUUUGCGGUGAUCAGGUGCGGUUCCUGGCACGGUCUUUUGCAAUCCCUGGAAAUCAUCUUGGGCAGCAAAGUCAUGGUUACCGAUGGCCUUAUGGUCCUGUAACGAUUGUUACACCAUUUAAUUUUCCGCUUGAGAUUCCACUACUUCAGUUGAUGGGGGCAUUAUACAUGGGUAACAAACCUCUCCUCAAAGUGGACAGCAAGGUGAGCAUUGUGAUGGAGCAAAUGAUGCGUUUGCUCCAUUAUUGUGGUUUGCCUGCAGAAGAUGUGGACUUUAUAAAUUCUGAUGGGAAGACAAUGAACAAGAUAUUGUUAGAGGCGAAUCCACGGAUGACCCUCUUCACUGGUAGUUCUAGAGUAGCCGAAAAGUUGGCACUUGACCUUAAGGGUCGGAUCAGAUUGGAAGAUGCUGGAUUUGACUGGAAAGUAUUAGGACCAGAUGUUCAGGAGAUCACUAAAUAA